AUGUUCUACAUUAUGUAUCUGACAGGUCUUUGCCAAAGGAGACACUGGCCAGACCCUCUUUUCCAGACAUACCGUUCCGGGUACGGCUACGGAUGCACAGUACGCGUCAACAACCGGGAGUACUCGACAGACGUAGACUACGAAAGUGACGAGCUCGCCAAGAACGCUGCCGCUACCCGAGCUUACAUGAUCUGCCGCAACUUCUCCGUCAAUGAUGGCAUGUUCCCCGGCCACCGACCAGGCCAAGGUGGUGUCGUUCAGGGUAUGCCAGUUGCCAUUGGUGCUGGUCGACGCAACACAGCGGUAUCGAACGACUACGAGACUGCCAGCAGUUCGAGUGGAGGCACUAGCCCAAGGAACAGCGACUAUGGCCUUGAUGCUCCAGCGCGUCGUUCGAGCAAGUCGAGCACAAGUUCGACCAGUGCCUGCUACUGCGGUAGGGGUGCUGUAAGGAUGUACGAGAGGUGCACUGGAUGCCUCAGGGAUGCCGGAUAUCAGUGUUAG